AUGGCUCCUCAAUUUCUCAAGGCCUUGACUGCCGCCGCGGCUCUCUACGCCUCGCUCGCCACUGCUCUGCCCGUCCAGAAGCGCACCGUCAUCUGGGAGACCGUCACCGAUGUCGUCGUCGAGACCGUCACUCGCACCUCCACCGUGAGAGGCGUUCCCGGACCUGACAGCACCAUCGGGCCACCAUACGGCUCUCCCACCAUGCCUGCUGUGCCUACCGUCGCUGUCCCAACCCAGGAGAAGCCAAUGGACCACAACAAGGCUCCUGAGCACACCACCCCAACACCACCAGCUCCAACUACCACCGCUGCCCCUCCACCACCACCGACCACCAGCGCUCCUCCACCUCCUCCACCAACUACCAGCGCUCCUCCACCCCCACCACCAACUACCAGCGCACCACCACCUCCACCACCAACUACCACCCCACCAGUCGUCAUCCCAACUCCUCCACCAAUGCCAAAGCCACCAGUGAUCAGCGUUCCACCAGUCACUCCCCCAAGCACUGGCGGCAGCGGCUACUCCGGCCCCUGUGCUCCCGGCGCUGCUUGCUCUGGUGAGAUCACCUUCUACGAUGGUGGUCUCGGCGCCUGUGGAAUGAACAUUGACACCCAGUCCGACGACGUCAUUGCUCUGCCAUACGAGCUCAUGGGUCCUCUCAGCAACAACAACCCCUUCUGUGGAAAGACCGUCAGCAUCACCUACAACGGCAUCACCUCCACCGCCAUCGUCAAGGACAAGUGCAUGGGAUGCACUGGCCAGAACAUCGACAUGACCCGCCAUCUCUUCUACAAGUUCGGAGUCGAGGCUGACGGUCGUAUCCCUGACGUCAAAUGGCACUUCAUCUAA